AUGAGUGAUAGACUAUCAGGUAUGUCAGGCCCCAGUACCCCGGUUCAUUCUGAGUCGAAGGUUGAGGGACUCCCACACCAUCCUGGAGUUGUACCUAUAUCUCCACCCAGGGCACCUACACCCCCACCUGUAGCUGGACCUUCACGUCCACCUGGAUACCUUCGUAGUGGACAGACCCCUAUUGCAGCUAUACCACAUAGGGCUAUACCCCCGCCCGCUCCUAUGAUACCCCCACCUGCUCCUAUGAUACGACCUCCUAUCCGUGGACCUCCACCAGAGCAGGAUUCUUCUGGAUCUUCAGGUGUCGGACCCUCUUAUCCUUUUUCCCCUCUUUCGGUACCCUAUCACUAUUAUCAGGCACUCCUGAUGGAGAGAGAGGAGUUGUUGGGCCAGAUCAGAGAAAUGACACAGGCGAUGAGGGCUCUAGAUCCCAGCAGGGGAGAGCGACAGUUGAGAGAGGAUAUCUUUGUUUUCAGGAGGAUAGCAGCAGCGAGACUACAUGGAGCCACCUCAGAGUUUGGUACCCCUGAGGAUAUUAUAGAUUGGGCUCGUUGGGUCUUGGAGCAGCUGGAUGUUAUCGGAGGCCCAGAUUUCCCAUAG